AUGUUCGUCAAUGGAUCUUCGUUCGCAUUCUGCAGAAAUCUAAAACUGAUAGUUCAUGAUGAUCAUCCAAUAUUCUGUGUUACAUCACAUGAACUAUAUAUCAAGAGUUCUAUGACAGUUGUUUGUGUUUUUGGUCUUCAAGAAGAAAUAUAUGAAGUUAGUGAUGGUAUGAAGAGUUUUGAUGAACUUAGUCUCCAACUUUCUGAAUAUGACUAUUUAAUAAAAGACUAUCCUUAUAUGGAAGAAUCUAUAAGAAUUUUGAAUUCAGAAAGAGUACCAAUUCUAAAGCUGCCUAAAUCUGUUAUAUCUCUUGACGAGUCUGCAUUUAGUUAUUGUUUCUACACUCCAUUUUCAAUUAAUAAAACAGGAUCCAAAAUGAUAAACCCAACAAUGCCUCAAAAUGAAUAUGAGGAUGUAUAUAUUCGGGAACCUGGUUCGAAAUAUCCACUAUACAAAGCGUUUUCAACAGAUAUAACAGCAGCUUCAUGGGAACAUAGUGUGCCAACAGCUGUUAAAAGUAAUGUUAAAUUGAUAUUUAAUAGAGAUAGAAUCAAUAAAUAUAGUGUAAUUGAUCGCAAGAAUUACAUUAUCAUUAAAUAUGUUGAAGUAGGUGAUAAUGGAAACGAAAUUCUAAUUAAUUCAACCAAAAUAUUGGCUGAAUAA